UAAAUAUGUUACUGUACACUUGUUAAUUUACUUUCCAUUCAUUUUUGGUUUCGAUCUGUAUUGUACAAAUUGUUUUAUAGUAAAAAGUAUCAAACAAAAUUUCUGUCUUUCCGUCGGCUGUCGUAAGCCUCUAUGGCUGCCAUAAGUACCGUUAUCAUUUUUUGACCAAAAUUCAUUGUAACGGUAAGGGACAUGGAUAAUCGAAUUCUAAAGGCAAUUCUACUCAGCUGUGAAAGUGCGUGGAAAGACCUUGACAAUUCGGAGGAAUAUCAAAAACUAGUUAGAGAUGACAAAUUUUUGCCAACGUCUAAAAAUAUAUUUAACGCAGUAUGUUUAUCUUUGACAAACUUGUUGACGUACAAAGUAUCGAAAGAAGCUUAUCAGCGUUAUACUGUGCGACUUCAUGUGAUCGACGUCCUGAGAGAUUGGUGCACAAUUACUGAUGCCUUUAGAAACAUACGAAUAUUUACCGACGAGAAACAAACUUCGACAUUCUUGAAAAAUUUAUUAGAAAAAUAUUUAACAAACGAUGUAUUAGACACAUGCGAUUUAAGUGACAACUUGUUACCACUGACAAGUGCUUUAAUGUGCUUAGCAUCUACAAAUCCAUAUUAUAAACAUCACGUGGAGAGGUUACUUCUACGGCUCCUGGAAUUGGAAACCAGUGACGAAAGUGAACGAUUAUUAUGUUACGCGGUGCAAAACAGCUCAGACUUGAAUUUUGAGCUUUCAACAAUAGAGAAUAUUUAUCGUUUGCAAAGGUGCAAAUUAAUAGAACAACCGUUGUUAAAUUAUUUUGUGUCGCUGUGCUCUGAUUUAAAUAAAGACAAUAAUGUGGACAAUUCUGAAAGUCUGAAUUUGACAAAACAAUUGUUUGAAUUCGCCAGUAAGUCUCAGUGUAUUUUCUUGUUAAUAUGUGCCUUUUUAAAAGAACUACUGUUAAAGUUAGAAUAUUGUCCUACAGUUAUGGAUUUUAUACAAUCGACUUUGAAUCUUUUGAAGAAAACUUGCCAAGGUCAAGGUAAAGAUAUUCUGGACCUUUACCCCAGAGAUUUGCAAUCUGUUGUAAUUUUGUUACGAAUAGAACCAGCGUAUCAUACCAUUGAUUCUAAAAAUGCUACAUUGAGAAUAUUAAAAAGCAUACACUCGGAAGACAAAAAUACUGUCAUUGUUUUGAUAUCACAUUUCCCUCGAUGGCUGAAGCUAUUUGGAGAAUUGCUAUGCUCGUAUCCAGAUGUUAAGUAAAGUUUAGAAAAUUUUUAAUCAAUUAAAUUAAUAUAGUAAUUAAGUGUAACGUAUUAAAAUCAAGAUUUAAAAGUUAUUGUAUCAAAAGAAAGUAUUUUUAUUAAAUUACUAUUUGGUUCCAUAAUAUAAAUUGAAUCAUUUCAAACAGAAUUGUAAUAACUAAAUCGAGUCAUUACUCGCGUACAGCAGAUGUUCUUAUUUCGUGGUUUAUUCUAUCUAAUUGCUUCGUAACUCGGUGCUACGCAUAUUUCGAGCCGAAUCCAAUCGCUAACCAAAUAUUUUUAUUCGCGAAACUUAUUUCUAUGUAUCACGCAAAAACAAGUAACGUUAACAAUACCGGAUCCAUCUUUGCUAGAACAAACAAGAGAAAAGAACAAACGGAAAGACACGCGCAUCGCUAACAUUUACGAUAAUUAACAAGCAACUAUACCCGUGCAGGACUCGAGUUGGCGAUCUAUGAAGCUUCUCGAAUUGCCUGUGAACGACGGAGAAAAUAAAUCAUGCACGAAACAUCCAUGACGCGAGCUCGAGGAAUGUAAAGGAACGAAUUAAACGAUAGUCCCGCGUUGGAAACAGGUAGAGCGUAGGAGACG